UCGUGGCACAGGCCACGUCCUAACUUCAUAGCAGGAGUGUCGUGUUUGGGGUUCUGUUAAUGCGAUCGCGGCGAUUAUUUCCCACCUGCUGGACUGGACGCGGUGAUUAAUCAACGGUAACGAGAUGCCUCUAAGAUUGGACAUCAAGCGGAAGCUGACGGCCAGGUCGGACCGGGUGAAGAGCGUCGAUCUCCACCCGACCGAGCCAUGGAUGCUGUGCUCGCUGUACCAGGGCAACGUCAACAUCUGGAACCACGAGACGCAGACCCUGGUGAAGACGUUCGAGGUGUGCGACCUGCCGGUGCGCACGGCCAAGUUCGUGCCCCGCAAGAACUGGGUAAUCACCGGCUCCGACGACAUGCAGAUCCGGGUGUUCAACUACAACACCCUGGAGCGCGUCCACUCGUUCGAGGCCCACAGCGAUUAUGUCAGGUGUAUCGCCGUGCAUCCGACGCAGCCGUUCAUACUCACGAGCAGCGAUGACAUGUGGAUAAAAUUGUGGAACUGGGAGAAGUCCUGGAUCUGCCAGCAAGUGUUCGAGGGUCACACGCACUACGUCAUGCAGAUCGUAUUCAACCCGAAGGACAACAACACCUUCGCCAGCGCGUCCCUGGACAGAACCGUCAAGGUGUGGCAGCUCGGCUCGCCCACGGCCAACUUUACCCUCGAGGGUCACGAGAAGGGCGUGAAUUGCGUGGAUUAUUACCACGGUGGCGACAAGCCGUACCUGAUAUCGGGGGCCGACGACCGAUACGUCAAGAUAUGGGAUUAUCAGAACAAGACCUGCGUCCAGACGCUGGAGGGCCACACGCAGAACAUUUCCGCCGUGUGCUUCCAUCCGGAGCUGCCGAUCGUUCUCACGGCCUCGGAAGACGGCACCGUGAGAAUAUGGCACGCGGGAACGUACAGGCUGGAGUCCUCUCUCAACUACGGCUUCGAGAGAGUGUGGACCAUAGCGUGCAUGCGUGGCUCGAACAACGUCGCCAUCGGAUACGACGAGGGUAGCGUCAUGGUGAAGGUCGGCCGGGAGGAGCCGGCCGUCUCGAUGGACUCGCUGGGCGGGAAGAUCGUGUGGGCGCGUCACAGCGAGAUCCAGCAGGUGAACCUGAAGGCGUUGGGUGAGGAGGCGCAGGACGGAGAGCGAUUGCCGCUGGCCGUCAAGGACAUGGGCGCCUGCGAGAUAUACCCGCAGACCAUACAGCACAAUCCGAACGGCCGUUUCCUGGUGGUCUGCGGCGACGGGGAAUACAUUAUAUACACGUCGAUGGCGCUGAGGAACAAGGCGUUCGGGCAGGCGUCGGAAUUCGUGUGGGCGGCGGACUCGAGCCAGUACGCGGUGAGGGAGAGUAACACGACGGUGAAGGUCUUCAAAAACUUCAAGGAGAAGAAAAGCUUCAAGCCGGAUUUCGGAGCGGAUGGCAUUUUUGGUGGAUUUCUGCUCGGCGUAUCGUCCGGGUCCGGCCUCUCCUUCUUCGACUGGGACACGUUGAAGUUGAUCCGUCGCAUAGACAUACAACCCACGCACGUGUAUUGGGCCGAGAAUGCCUCGCUGGUGGCACUAGCCACGUCGGACCAAUAUUUUAUACUCAAGUAUCACGCGGAUGCGGUCGCCAAUGCCACGGAAAACGCCGAGGACAUUGAAAAUGCGUUCGAGAUGAUAGCGGAGAUGAGCGAGGUGGUGAAAACCGGCCUGUGGGUCGGCGACUGUUUCAUCUACACUAACAGCGUCAAUCGCAUUAAUUACUUCGUCGGCGGCGAGGUGGUCACUGUCUCCCAUCUGGACAGACCGAUGUACCUGCUGGGAUACGUACCGAGAGACAAUAGAUUGUAUCUUUGCGACAAGGAACUAUCGGUCGUCUCGUACUCCUUGCUACUGUCGGUGCUAGAGUAUCAGACCGCAGUCAUGCGAAAGGAUUUCGAAACUGCCAACCGAGUAUUACCGACUGUCCCGAAGGAACAUCGGACGCGAGUAGCUCACUUCUUGGAAAAGCAGGGCUUCAAGGAACAAGCUCUAGCGGUGUCGACGGACCCCGAGCACAGAUUCGAGCUGGCGCUCGCGCUGGGGAAUCUCGCGACCGCGCAUAUCCUCGCCAAGGAAGCGAACAGCCAGCAGAAGUGGCGGCAACUGGCGUCCCUCGCCACGCAGAAGGGCAAACUCUGUCUGGCGCAAGAGUGCCUGCAUCAGGCGCAAGAUUUUGGCGGCCUAUUGUUACUGGCGACCAGCACAGGGAACGCAGACAUGAUACAGAAGCUCGGCACGGUGGCGAACGAAACGGGCAAGAACAACAUUUCCUUCUUAUCGAACUUCAUAUUGGGCGAUGUAGACAAAUGUCUCGACAUCCUGAUCAAGACCGACAGAAUUCCCGAGGCCGCGUUCUUCGCCAGGACGUACGCACCCAGUAAAAUCUCCUCCAUCAUCAAACUGUGGAAGGAGAAACUGUCGGCGGUGAGCGAGAAAGCCGGGCAGAGUUUGGCGGAUCCCGAACAGUACGAGAAUCUUUUCCCCGGAUACAGAGAAGCCCUGAAGGUGGAGAAAUUCUUGCGGGAGGAAAGCAAGAGAAAGAUUCCAGCUUCUGCAUUUCCUACCGUUACGUCUAACACCGAGCGGAAACCGUUCGAGGAGAUGCUGGCCGCCGAGCAGUCGGGCGCAUUUCAAUACAAGGGCGUGAACAGCAUCGUCGAGAUCGAGGAGAAGUCGACCGAAGCGAUGCUCGACAGACUGCAAGAUCUUUCGAUAUCGGGCAUAAAGGACAGCGUCUUCCUAAGUAAAGCAACCACGUCCACCGUGCAUCCAGAAGUACCUGAGAAAGCGACGGCCAAGCCCGCGAGUAGUGCCAGGCCUCUCACGGUGGACGACGACGACCUAGACAUCGAUCUGGAGAUCGACGAUAAUAUCGAUACUACAGGUGUUAAUCUCGAUGAUGAUCUUCUCGAAGAAGAUUAACCGUUGAAACGGGAGAUGAAUGGCGUACAUCCGUCGUACUUUCAUUCUCCUUCUGUCAUCAGUCAUUCCCCGCGAGAAAAGUGGAAAGCGACGAGAGUAUUAAGAUUAUAAAACUUACCCCUGUGCGCGAGUGUGUUUGUAUCACCGCAUGGAUUAGCGAAGAUAAUGCAACGUAUUUGCCGUAUUUGGUUAACACCAGCGAAUAAUUAAAAGUUAAAUAUAUUGUUAAUAUAAAUAAUACGGAAAGUAUAACAUAUGCCCGUUGUACGCUCCGUUUUACCGUUGACGUUUCCGUUUCCUCGUUUCCUAAGCGCAAACAGUAAAACCGUUUCAUCCUUGAUUUAUCAAA